UACCAAUUAUCCAUAUAAGUAUAUAGCAUUGGAAUUUUCCUUAUCUUCUCCAACUCCAUCAUGUCUAAAGCAAAUGAAAAAAUACAUGCAAUAAUGGAGAAAAAAACAAGUGUCCAAGAAUCAAGGAAAUUGAACCAAAUAUUUUUCCACAAACAACACCUUAAAAGAGUGUACCCUUUUGGUUUACAGAAAAGUUCUUCAUCUUCAUCAUCAUCAUCAUUGUCACAAAUUUCAAAUGAUUCUUCUAUGACACUAGCAGACCAUGAAAAUUUGAUUUCACCAAGUCAAAGAAGAGAACGUGUACUUAUUAAUACUUCACAGCCACAAAAAUUUCCACAUGCAGCAGAGCUUGGUGAAUUAAAGAGAUGCAACUGGAUCACAAACAACUGUGAUAAGGCAUACAUUGAAUUUCAUGAUGGGUGUUGGGGAGUUCCAUCUUACGAUGACAAAAAAUUGUUCGAGCUGCUUGCAAUGUCAGGAUUGCUGAUAGAUUACAACUGGACAGAAAUUCUAAAAAGAAAGCAAGUUCUAAGACAAGCUUUUGCUGGAUUUGAUCCUAACAUUGUUGCCAAAAUGGAGGAGAAAGAAAUAAUGGAGAUAGCAUCAAACAAAGAACUUGUAUUAGCUGAUUGCAGAGUUAAGUGCAUAGUAGACAAUGCCAAAUGCAUAAUCAAGAUUAUGAGAGAAUAUGGAUCAUUCAGUAGCUAUAUAUGGGGUUAUGUAAAUCACAAACCAGUGAUUAACAAAUACAAAUACCCAAGAGAUGUUCCAUUAAGGACACCAAAAGCAGAGGCCAUAAGCAAGGACUUAAUAAAACGUGGAUUUAGAUUUUUGGGUCCAGUUAUUGUUUACUCUUUUAUGCAAGCUGCAGGAUUGACCAUUGAUCAUCUUGUUGAUUGUUAUAGGCACAAAGAAUGUGUAAGCCUAGCAGAAAGACCUUGGAAACAUUUUUAAAUUCACUUUCAAUUUUUGUUUUUUUUUUCAAUUGGGUUUUGUUUGGAACAUUUAUUCAGUUUUGUAUGCAUGUUUAAAGAAAGGGUGCUUGUUUGUUUGCCUUUCAAUUUGAGUUAGAUUAUUAUUAUUAUUAUUAUCAGUUUCAAGUCUUGAGGCAUUGUUUGUAAUUUGUAGAACAUUUCAUGGUUGGUAUGGUGUAGAGCAUGAUACCAAUAUAAUGAGAUUGAAAAAAUAUUAUAUAAUUUUCAAGUUAUAUAUAA